AUGGGCUCCGAUGCGUACCUUGCAGCAGUAAGAAGCAGAAGAAGCUAUUACGAGUUGGAAGCACGGUCGACUAUUCCGGAUGCCAAAAUUCAGGAGAUCGUUAAAGAGACUCUUCGGCACACCCCCAGCACCUUCAACUCCCAAUCAACCAGGGUUGUGCUUCUACUAGGGGCAGAGCAUACGCAACUCUGGAAUGAUAUCGUCAAGCCGGCCGUGAAAGCCGUCAUGCCCGCUGAAGGGUGGCCCGCUACGGAGGCAAAGUUGACUGGCUUCCAACAGUCUUAUGGAACUGUCCUGUUAUAUGAAGAUCCCAAGGUCGUUUCGGCCUUACAAGUGCAAUACGCAUUAUUCGCAGACAAAUUCCCGCAAUGGUCUGAACACACCAACGCAAUGCACGCCCACGUCCUGUGGACAGCGUUGGAGCAAGAAGGCCUCGGGGCAAGCCUGCAGCAUUACAACCCGCUCAUAGAUGAAGGUAUCUGUAAGCAGUGGAAGAUUCCUGAAGAUUGGCAGCUAAAAGCUCAGCUGGUGUUCGGAAAGCCGACGGGCCAACCUCUGGAGAAAACCUUCAUGCCGAUAGAAGAGCGGCUCAAGGUUUUUGGCGCCAAAUAG